AUGUCAGAAUAGUUCAUUACAAAAAAACAUAAAUUUGAAAACAAAGCUAAAUCUUAAAAUUAAAAAGCAAGGUUUCUAAAUGAUAAAGAAGAAAAUGAACAUCCCCCUUAGAUGAGAAAUGCAUAACGGUUUUUGUAAUCCCAUUUUUUUAUCAAGAAAGUCGAAAACCAAAGGCAACUUAGGAGCUGAUCACUCUUCCUUAACCAUCUAUCCAUUAUGCUCAACCUGUAAUUAAUUAACCAUUAACUUUUAUUUAGUAUGUUCCAAAGCCAAUUCCUGUACCUGAGGCAAUUAAAUAGAUUGACAAGAAAAUUAAGGCUUAUCAUAGAUUGAUGGAAAGGGAAAGAAAAGAGAAAUUAUUACGAGAACAAUAAGAGAUGUAGAAAUUAAAUGAAAAUGAAGAGGAUCAGAAAAAAGCUUUAGAUUUUAUGACAAAUCCUUAGAUAGUUGAUUAAUAAGAGUAAGAGGAAGAAUAAGAGUAAGAAGAGGAUUAAUAAGAACUACUAUCUGAGGAACCAAGAGUUUAAGAUCAAUAACCAAUAUCAAUAAGUGAAAAGGUUUCAUAUUCUGAGGAAGUAAAAAAAAGAGAAUAGAUUUAUGAUCAUACACUUUAAAGGAUGUAUGAAAAAAGAUAAAAUCCAGUAUUAUUUGCAGGAAUAUCACAUAAUCUAUUAAGAGAAAUUAAAAAAGAAGCCUCCUAUUUUAAAUAUUACAUCAAAAAAUAAGGUAUCAAAGGGAAAUGGAAGGAUGGAUCCUGAAGAACAUAAAUUGAGAGUGUAUAAUAGGGAAAAUGUUCCAACAAUGCCAGAUUUGAUAAUUCCGUCGUUUACAAUAAAAAAGGAUCAAAUGGCUAAAAAUAUCUUGGCAUAUUUAGUAAAUAUAUUAAAUUGAUAUAAUUCAAAUAGAAAGAAUAUACCCCAUUAUUUAGGGGAUAUAAGAAUUACGAAUAUCCAAAAUGUGUGUAAAAUAUUCUUUAAGAAGAGAUGGACUCACUGCCUAAAUAAUGA